CCGGGGCCCGCCGCCCACCGCCCGCCGCCCCUCGCGCCCCAGGGGCUCAGCUGAUCCUGAAUUGGCGGGGUGGGGGGGAGCGGCUGGCGGGGCCGGGGGUCCCCCUCGAAUUCCGGCUUCGGGGGGGCACGCGGCGUCCCCGCGCCUCUAACCUGGACGACCCCCCGCUGCCCUGCCAAGUCCAUGCCAAGGGCUUCUGGUUCGCCAACAUGGCCGAGAGCUCCUCGCCGCCCUCCUCGUCUGCCGCUGCCGCAGCCCCAGCAGCUGAGCUGGGAGUCACAGAGCAGCCGGGGCCCCAGAGCCCCCCUCCCUCCCCUCCAGGCCUGGAGGAGCCCCUGGAUGGAGCCGAUCCUGAAGUCCCUCACCCGGACCUGGCACCUGUUGCCUUCUUCUGCCUACGACAGACCACCAGCCCCCGGAACUGGUGCAUCAAGAUGGUGUGUAACCCAUGGUUUGAAUGCGUCAGCAUGCUGGUGAUCCUGCUGAACUGCGUGACACUUGGCAUGUACCAGCCCUGCGACGACAUGGACUGCCUGUCGGACCGCUGCAAGAUCCUGCAGGUCUUUGACGACUUUAUCUUCGUCUUCUUUGCCAUGGAGAUGGUGCUGAAAAUGGUGGCCCUGGGCAUUUUUGGCAAGAAGUGCUACCUUGGGGACACAUGGAACCGACUGGACUUCUUCAUUGUCAUGGCAGGGAUGGUCGAGUACUCUCUGGACCUCCAGAACAUCAACCUGUCGGCCAUCCGCACCGUGCGUGUCCUGAGGCCCCUCAAAGCCAUCAACCGUGUGCCCAGUAUGCGGAUCCUGGUGAACCUGCUCCUGGACACGCUGCCCAUGCUGGGGAAUGUCCUCCUGCUCUGCUUCUUCGUCUUCUUCAUCUUCGGCAUCAUCGGCGUGCAGCUCUGGGCGGGCCUGCUGCGUAACCGCUGCUUCCUGGAGGAGAACUUCACCAUACAAGGGGAUGUGGCCCUGCCCCCCUACUACCAGCCAGAGGAGGACGACGAGAUGCCCUUCAUCUGCUCCCUUUCGGGGGACAAUGGCAUCAUGGGCUGCCACGAGAUCCCCCCACUCAAGGAGCAGGGCCGUGAGUGCUGCCUGUCCAAGGACGAUGUCUACGACUUCGGGGCGGGGCGCCAGGACCUCAAUGCCAGCGGGCUCUGCGUCAACUGGAACCGCUACUAUAACGUGUGCCGCACGGGCAGCGCCAACCCCCACAAGGGUGCCAUCAAUUUCGACAACAUCGGCUACGCCUGGAUCGUCAUCUUCCAGGUGAUUACCCUGGAAGGCUGGGUGGAGAUCAUGUACUAUGUGAUGGAUGCUCACUCCUUCUACAACUUCAUCUACUUUAUCCUGCUUAUCAUAGUGGGCUCCUUCUUCAUGAUCAACCUGUGCCUCGUUGUCAUAGCGACCCAGUUCUCGGAGACCAAGCAGCGGGAGCACCGGCUGAUGCUGGAGCAGCGGCAGCGCUACCUGUCCUCCAGCACGGUGGCCAGCUAUGCGGAGCCCGGCGACUGUUACGAGGAGAUCUUCCAGUACGUCUGUCACAUCUUGCGCAAGGCCAGGAGGCGUGCCCUGGGCCUCUACCAGGCCCUGCAGAGCCGGCGCCGGGCCCCGGGCCCGGGGGCGUCCCCCUCCGCCAAGCCCGGGCCCCGCGCCAAGGAGCCCAGGCAUUACAAGCUGUGCCCUCGACACAGUCCCCUGGACCCGAUGCCCCACACACCGGUGCAGCCCAUCUCUGCCAUGCUGGCCUCCGAUCCUGCCAGCUGUCCCCGCUGCCAGCACGAGGGGAGCCGGCGGCCCUCGGGCCCGGGCAGCACCGACUCGGGCCAGGAGGGCUCGGGCUCUGGUGGCUCAGGUGGUGACUCGGAGGAGGUGGAUGGGGACGGGGCCCGGAGCAGCGAGGAUGGGACCUCCUCAGGCCUGGAGAAGGAGGACGAGGAGGAACAGGCGGACGGGGCGGCCCGGCUGUGCGGGGAUGUGUGGCGGGAGACCCGAGCCAAGCUUCGAGGCAUCGUGGACAGCAAGUACUUCAACCGGGGCAUCAUGAUGGCCAUCUUGGUUAACACCGUCAGCAUGGGCAUCGAACACCAUGAGCAGCCUGAGGAGCUGACCAACAUCCUAGAGAUCUGUAACGUCGUCUUCACCAGCAUGUUCGCCCUGGAGAUGCUCCUGAAGCUGGCCGCCUUUGGGCUCUUCGACUACCUGCGCAACCCCUACAACAUCUUUGACAGCAUCAUCGUCAUCAUCAGCAUCUGGGAGAUUGUGGGGCAGGCGGACGGCGGCCUGUCGGUGCUGCGGACCUUCCGGCUGCUGCGGGUGCUCAAGCUGGUGCGUUUCAUGCCCGCUUUGCGGCGCCAGCUGGUGGUGCUCAUGAAGACCAUGGACAACGUGGCCACCUUCUGCAUGCUGCUCAUGCUCUUCAUCUUCAUCUUCAGCAUCCUCGGGAUGCACAUCUUUGGCUGCAAAUUCAGCCUCCGCACGGACACAGGAGACACGGUCCCCGACAGGAAGAACUUUGACUCCCUGCUGUGGGCCAUCGUCACAGUGUUCCAGAUCCUCACCCAGGAGGACUGGAACGUUGUCCUCUACAAUGGCAUGGCCUCCACCUCCCCCUGGGCCUCCCUCUACUUUGUCGCCCUCAUGACCUUUGGCAACUAUGUGCUCUUCAACCUUCUGGUGGCCAUCUUGGUGGAGGGUUUCCAGGCAGAGGGUGACGCCAAUCGCUCCUACUCGGACGAGGACCAGAGCUCAUCCAACAUGGAGGAGUUCGACAAGCUUCAGGAGGGCCUGGAUAGCGGCGGAGAUCCUAAGAUCUGCCCAAUCCCCAUGACCCCCAAUGGGCACCUGGACCCCAGUCUCCCACUGGGUGGACAUCUGGGCCCCCCCGGGGCUGCGGCACCUGCCCCCCGCCUCUCGCUGCAGCCGGACCCCGUCCUGGUGGCCCUGGGCUCCCGCAAGAGCAGCGUCAUGUCACUGGGGAGGAUGAGCUGUGACCAACGCUCCCUGUCCAGCUCCCGGAGCUCCUACUACGGGCCGUGGGGCCGCAGCGGGGCCUGGGCCAGCCGCCGCUCCAGCUGGAACAGCCUCAAGCACAAGCCGCAGUCGGCCGAGCACGAGUCCCUGCUCUCGGCGGAGCGCGGUGUAGGUCCCCGGGCCUGCGAGGGCCCCAGGGACGAGGGCCCGCCGCGGGCUGCGCCGCUGCACGCUCCGCACGCCCACCACGUGCACCACGGUCCCCACCCGGCGCACCGGCACCGCCACCACCGCCGGACGCUGUCCCUCGACACCAGAGACUCGAUGGACCUGGCCGAGCUGGUGCCCGCCGUGGGCGCCCACCCCCGGGCGACCUGGAGGGCGGUGGGGCCGGCCCCCGGGCACGAGGACUGCAAUGGCAGGAUGCCCAGCAUCGCCAAGGAUGUCUUCACCAAAAUGGACGACCGCCGGGAUCGCGGGGAGGACGAGGAGGAGAUGGACUACACCCUGUGCUUCCGCGUCCGCAAGAUGAUCGACGUCUAUAAGCCUGACUGGUGCGAGGUCCGCGAGGACUGGUCUGUCUACCUCUUCUCCCCUGAGAACAGGUUCCGAGUCCUGUGUCAGACCAUCAUUGCCCACAAGCUCUUCGACUAUGUGGUCCUGGCCUUCAUCUUUCUCAACUGCAUCACCAUCGCCCUGGAGAGGCCCCAGAUCGAGGCCGGCAGCACCGAACGUAUCUUCCUCACCGUGUCGAACUACAUCUUCACAGCCAUCUUCGUGGGCGAGAUGACGCUGAAGGUUGUCUCGCUGGGCCUGUACUUUGGCGAGCAGGCAUACUUGCGUAGUAGCUGGAACGUGCUGGAUGGCUUUCUGGUCUUCGUGUCAAUCAUUGACAUAGUGGUGUCUGUGGCCUCAGCCGGGGGAGCCAAGAUCCUAGGGGUCCUUCGAGUCCUGCGGCUCCUGCGCACCCUACGGCCCCUGCGUGUCAUCAGCCGAGCGCCUGGUCUGAAGCUGGUGGUGGAGACGCUCAUCUCUUCCCUCAAGCCCAUUGGCAACAUCGUCCUCAUCUGCUGUGCCUUCUUCAUCAUCUUUGGCAUCCUGGGGGUGCAGCUCUUCAAGGGCAAGUUCUACCACUGUCUGGGUGUGGACACCCGCAACAUCACCAACCGCUCUGACUGCGUGGCUGCCAACUACCGCUGGGUCCACCACAAGUACAACUUUGACAACCUGGGCCAGGCCCUGAUGUCCCUCUUUGUCCUGGCCUCCAAGGAUGGCUGGGUGAACAUCAUGUACAACGGACUGGAUGCUGUCGCUGUGGAUCAGCAGCCGGUGCCCAACCACAACCCCUGGAUGCUGCUCUACUUCAUCUCCUUCCUGCUCAUCGUCAGCUUCUUCGUGCUCAACAUGUUCGUGGGCGUCGUGGUGGAGAACUUCCACAAGUGCCGGCAGCACCAGGAGGCCGAGGAGGCGCGGCGGCGCGAGGAGAAGCGGCUGCGGCGCCUGGAGAAGAAGCGCCGGAAGGCCCAGCGUCUGCCCUACUAUGCCACCUAUUGUCCCACCCGGCUGCUCAUCCACUCCAUGUGUACCAGCCACUACCUGGACAUCUUCAUCACCUUCAUCAUCUGCCUCAAUGUGGUCACCAUGUCCCUGGAGCACUACAACCAGCCCACGUCCCUGGAGACAGCCCUCAAGUAUUGCAACUACAUGUUCACCACUGUGUUUGUGCUGGAGGCUGUGCUGAAGCUGGUGGCGUUUGGGCUGAGGCGCUUCUUCAAGGACCGGUGGAACCAGCUGGACCUGGCCAUUGUGCUGCUGUCGGUCAUGGGCAUCACGCUGGAGGAGAUUGAGAUCAACGCGGCACUGCCCAUCAACCCCACCAUCAUCCGCAUCAUGCGGGUUCUGCGCAUCGCUCGGGACCGCUCACUGCACCCGCACCUCCUCAUAACACCGUGACCCGUGCAGACCAGUCUCAGGCUGGGAUGAAAGGAACCCGGGGCAGCUGGGAAGAUUCCGGGAUGCGGUUCUAGUUCCUCGUGGGCAUGUGUCCAGCACUGGCUGGGCCCCCCAGGCCUCUAUGCUUCUUAAAACCCUGGCUUCCCCCGGCGGCCCCCGCACCUCACCCCAAGGCUGUCCCUCCACUUCUUUCAAGAACCUCCUGCCUCAGCCCUGGCCCAGGUGCCUCUUGCUUUUCCACCUGCCACAGCUUGUGGCCUCCAGGGUCCGAGGUGAGGAGGGGCGCAGAGAAAUUCAGCACCUCACACCGGAGCCCUCUUUAGCCAGAGGGAAGGGAGAAAUGUGGGCGCCCAUUGGUUGCUUUUAUCUCACCUUGGUGAAUUUCGUGCUCGCUGACACACUUUGCUCCCACUGCGCGUGCCCUCCUUCUCCUGGGACGUUUUCACACCGACGUCCACGCCUUGUGCCCACGUGUCUUUGUGCACCCCUCGUUCAGCGGCACGCAGGUUCUUCCAGCGUGGCGUCACAGAGCCGUCCCCUUUGCUCACGUGCGCCUCCACUUUUCACUUUGCUGCCUCAUUUACACACGUACACAUGUGCACAC